AACGUAUCACGUUUUUAAAGAUGGCGGCCCGCAGUGUCAGGUCGUGUGUUGUGAAACAUCUAAUAACUCUGUAAAUAACCGAAUGAACGAGUUUUUAGGCUAGUAAAUACUUGUUUUUAUGUAAAGAGUAAACAUGUGGCACUGUAACGCGAGGUUUGCAAUCUGUUGAUAUAAUUUUAAGAUGUUAGUUAUUACCUGAAUGGCUUUUACAGUAACUGUAUCAUUUUAAAAAGACAAGAUACAGUCAGAGAAAAUGCUUCCAGCUACAUGGUCACGACUGACAUGCAAGUAUGUGUCCAGCCGGGGACAGAGGACGCUGAGUCUGUUCUCCAGCUCCGUCCCUUCAAACUGGAGUAAAGUGGUGUCUGACGCAGAGAAGAUAGUGGGAUAUCCAACCUCCUUCAUGAGUCUGCGCUGCCUGCUCAGUGAUGAACUCAGUAAUGUCGCCAUGCACGUGAGGAAGCUGGUCGGGACUCAACACCCUUUACUCAACACUGCAAGGGGCUUUGUCUAUGACAGCAAGAACAACCUGCAGAUGAGAGGACUGGUUGUACUGCUGUUGUCAAAAGCAGCAGGGCCGAGCCACGCAGCCUCCGAUCUCCUGUCUCAGGACAUGGUCAGCGGCAUCUACCCCAGCCAGAGGAACUUGGCAGAAAUCACUGAGUUGAUCCACACAGCCUUCCUGGUGCAUCGCGGGAUUGUCGAUCUGAAGGAGUGGACGGUUUCAGACGGCCCGCUGAAGGACAUGCAGUUCGGGAACAAGAUGGCCGUCCUGAGUGGGGACUUCCUUCUGGCAAAUGCUUGUACGGGACUUGCCGAGCUGAAUAACACUAAGGUUGUUGAACUGAUUUCUAGUGCCAUUGGGGAUUUGGUUCAAGGAAUCUACUACGAGAAUUCCAGUAAUCCGGAGGAGAAAAGUCUCAGUGUCGGUGUGGACGUGGCGUCCUGGGAGGAGCAGACGUUCCUGUCCCAUGGGGCCCUGCUGGCCAAGAGCUGUCAAGCUGCGAUGGAGCUCGCCCAACACGACAAGGAGUCCCAAAGACUGGCCUACAAGUACGGAAAGCACCUGUCGCUGGGCCACAAACUGAACUCUGACCUGCAGCCCUUUGUGAAGAACAGCGUGGGGGAGCCUGUGACGUUCAGUUUGAGUGCCGCCCCCGUGGUUUUCCACCGUCAGAUCGUUGGCCAGGAGAGAUGGCAUCAGCAGCUGCAGCAGGUACAAACACAGAGAAACCAACUGGACUACUCAAAGCUUUUGGCAGCAGUUAAGUCGGAGAAAGGCAUCAGCACAGCGGUGGACUUAUGCUGUUACCAUGGCAACAGGGCUCUAGAGGCCAUCCAGGCUUUCCCCUCCUCCGAGGCUAGAUCUGCCUUGGAGAACAUCGCCUCCGCCAUCACCAAAUUCUGACCUGGACUCACACAUACACACACACACACACACACACACACACACACACACACACACACACACACACACACACACACACACACACACACACUCCUUCUUCUAAAAACCCGGUGUGUGUGUCUGCAGAGGCUGCAGGAUGAGAUCCAGUGAACACACGACACUUUGGGGACAAAUGAACUUCUUCUGAGCCAGGUGCUGACUUACGUCUGAAGAAACUGCUCUGCAAUGUUUUGAUUAUAAUUUAAGAAAUUAAAUGACUCAAUCUAUAAAUGGUUAUCAUUAAAAAAAAUCAAAAACACA